AUGAGUGAGGACAGCGCAGCGGGUGGGUGUACGUUGCGACAAACUGGCCCCUUCUUGCUGAAGUUCGUCUACGCGACGGGAACUCGGUUGGCCGCACAAAACUCACUGUUGCCCGUUGCCGUCGGCUCGGCGGUCGUAUGCACAGCCUUUUUCACUUACAUUUGUUCCAGUUCGCCUCGGUGGAAGGGUGCACCAGGUCUUUUCGGUCAUGCCAAUCGUAAUGCUCCACGGCGUGUGAAACUCGGCGCAACCCAGAUAAAUGUUGCGACGGGAGAGAGCACCACCACCAGUACGUUGUGGGACAUUGACAGCACCGAUGAGGGCACACGAUGCGCCGGUGGGUCGGGAGUGGUGACCGCAACGUCGUCGGCAGUGCUGUUACCGCGGGGCACCACCCCUCUGUGCGUUGAAGUUAGCCCCUCAAGUUCCUUGUUUUCUUCCGCGCACAUUCCUAUCCUCUACAUGCACGCACCCAUCUGCCGUGGUGGAAGGCGUAAUGGAAUGGUGCGGCAUAACAAACGCAAGAAUGCCAGUCAAGGCUUGAUGGCCCACGCGAUAGCUCAAGGUAUGAACCUCCUCAGUGACGUGUUGUGGCCAAGAGCAGUUGCGAUCAUGUCAUUGGUUGUUGAUGCUGUGCCUCGCUUCGUUAGAUGUGAGAUCCCUAACCUGAAUUUCCUCAGAAAUCGUUGGACAUUUUCUUUUCCAUCAUCACAACUACUUUUACUGCGAUCGCGUUUGAUUUCCAGUGAGGCAGAUGGAAUGCACACACGUUGCGGGACGCAGCAGCGACCGGUAGCACAAGCGGAUGUAAAAGUAAUGGAUGAAACUUCGGACACACACUGCGAGUUGGUGGUGAGAGUAGGGGAUAACAGCGCAGCAGGAAUAACUGGUGCCCUCCACGCGGAUGCAGUAGCACAACACCUGUUGAGGAGCAGUUACUCUACAAACCAGUACACCACUGUGCCCCCGCUUAAUCCCCCGUCGUUUUCAUGUGGUCACGCCUCGGUUGCUAAGCAAACUGAUGACGUCGAAGCUAAAGCCGGCACCGCCCAUCCGCCCUCUGGACCAUGGAUCCAAGGUGCUACCGUGCGUCAUGGUGAAAUGCGGAUAGGCCGCUUCCUCGGAAGAGGGAGGUGGGGAAAAGUUUUCCAGUGCUGUAACCCCGAGACAGGUGAGGUUUUGGCAGUAAAACAGCUUAUUUUUGACGAUAAUGACCCGAAAGUGCGGCAACGUGUAGGCGAGUUGCGACUCGAACUGGAUGUGCUGAGGUUGGCGAAUCGUUGCCGCGUGCCGUGGAUUGUUGGAUUCCGUGGGGUGGAGAGACGUGGUUCUUCCGUUUUACUCUUUAUGGAGUACUGUGCUCGUGGUUCGCUGCUUGACUACCUGACGCAGCACGUCGCGGCAGCGCGGCGUUUGACUUCGAGAUGUGGCGCCGAGAUCGUCAGUGAGCGGGGUGGUUCUCCACUGCCCCAUCGAAGGGACGAUUUGUACUGCCAGUCGUCGUGUGUGGAAAAAGGUGCAGGGGGGACGAGUAAUCACCGACCCGUAGAAGGUUCUUUGAGGGAAGAAACUGAUGGAGGAAUUCUUCCUCCACUUCCCCAAGUUUCCCCUUACUCUUCUGAUUGCAGGCAGCGCGCCAAUGCCGAGCGCCCCUGGUCCAACCCACUUGCGCUUCCCAUCAGAGAGAUUCAGCGGUUUAUGCGACAAACAGUUGAGGCACUUCAUUUUCUUCAUUCCAAUGGUUAUGCGCACUUAGAUGUGAAGACUGCCAAUAUUCUUGUCACGGCGGAUGGUGACGUGCGUCUCGCAGACUUUGGAUGUUGCGGGCGCUUACGGCAGGGUCCCACCUCGCUGCAUACUUGUGUGGGGCAUAGUCACGCUGUGUGGCCGUCGGGUCUUUUAGAUGGCACUCCGCAUGCGGCUGCUUUUUCUGGUUCCAUUGCCCCUUCCGACCCAACACGUCAUAAUCUCUCAACACCACCGGUGGCAUCGAUGUCCGAGAGUGGCGACGCGACGGCUGGGGCCGCGGGGAUUCACGGGAGUGGAAGCUGCAAUUGCGUAAGCGGUGGAGAUUCCGUUAUGUAUCCCACGUUGGUUGAUGAUGAACUAACUGCGGAGCCCCGUGGCACUGCGCUUUACGUUGCCCCAGAGGUGAUCCGUCUGGACAAAAGUCGGAUAGGCGCGCCCAGCGAUGUGUGGGCCGCUGGUUGUGUGGCUAUGGAACUUGCAACAGGAGAAGUGCCGUGGCAACAUAUGGCAGAAGAGCAGUUGUGCGUUAUGUUUCGUGUUGCCUCAACAAAAGAGGAUUUGCCGCUACCGCCACGCAUUGUGGAGGCGGUACGUGAUGCACGGUGGUGGUUAGCGUGCUACAGCAAUGACGCUGAGGCUAAUGGAAGGGACGUUCAUGAUCAUCACAGUGCUGCUAAAUUGUUGGCACAUGAAGGAGAAGAGGAACGAAGAUACGACGCGGCCACCGUUCUGCGUUGCGAUCGAUCAGAGAAUGCUGCAAAUCACUUCAAAUGUGAUAUAGAGAGUCUACUAAACAUGCAGUUGCUUGUUUCAUUGGAAGAUUUUCUGCAUUCGUGCCUACACAUUCGGCCUGAGGAAAGACCAAACUGUGAAGAGAUGUUAAGACAUCCUUUCUUGGUCACCCGCUAA